AUGAUUCAUGGUAUUGAAUGUCGCUGUUAUUUUGCAUCUCAGUGAAUUAAAAAAUACUCUUUAUAAGACCUACAGGGAGUAAUGGCAUUAAUUUUUGGGUAAGUUAAACUCACAGCUAUAAGCCAAUUCCCCCUCUACGAGUCAGAUUUUUAUUCAAGUUAGGCUAAAGUUUGGUAAAAAUCCCUCGGGUUAUAGCCGAUAAAAUACAGCAGUUGAGCCAUUUUCUGGUCAGUGUCUGGCUAUGAAAGGGCUAAAACUUACCAAAAAGCCAUUAACAGGUUGUGCACUUCACAGCCUUCUGAAAUGCGAAAUACUAGCUGUGGAAGCCCUUCAAUGGGACAAUGGGAGAAAACUCUCAGGGAGACCACAAAAGGCCUUAUCCAACCAAGGACAGGAAUGGAUAAACCCCAAAAAGCAUUUCCCAGAGGAUGGCAUCAAGGAUUACACCAAGACCAAGAAAGUUGGAGAUGCCUGACAGUCAACUGAUGAUGAUGAUGAUGAUGAUGAUGUCAUAUCAUGCUUCUUUGAAUACUUGCCACCAUCAUCACAGCUAUAAUCUUUAUUUAAUGGCUUUGACUGCUAAACAAGUUGUCUUUGUUGUUUUCAGGCAAACAGAGAAGGCUAUGAAAGGUAAUUAAAUUUAGGUUGGUGUUUUGUCUAAAGGAGUAGUCAACAAAUGAGACAGUAAUAUUGUUCUUUGUAAUAGGCAAAUUUCACAAUGGACAUAAUUUUUAUCAACAAACCUCUACCAUUCCUUAUGUGCACACUUCAAAGGUCCUUUUUUUAGCAGAUUUUUUGUUAAAAAUUAUAAAAACUUCUCUCACUGACUGAAUGGUAAUAUUUGUCAUCUGCAGUGAUGAUGAUUUGAUCAGAAGUGGUGAAGAAGAUUCCGAUGAUGAUGAUGAACUUAUUCCUUCUGAUGAGGCAGAUGAUUCUGAUUCUAAUGAUGGGAUGUCAUUCUUUGAAGAAGAGGAAACUAAGUCAAGGUUUACAAACUAUUCCAUGACAUCCUCUGUUCUGAGAAGAAAUGAAGGUACGUAAAAUUUUAACCCUAAGUCCCAAGAGUGACUAAUAUCAAUUUUCUCCCACAAUGCAUCUAUACACCAUCAAGAGAAAAGGUAAUUAGAAAGAAAAAAUGAUCAUCAAAGGGAAAAUUCUUGGAUCUUUAAUCAAAUUCUCCCUACUGAUUCUUUAAGGAAAUAUAUAGAGUUCAGCCUGGAGAAUUCAUAUGUAGAUCUUGGGGCUUUGAGUUUAGAUAAAGUUUAGUAUGUGUAAGAUUUUCCAAUUUGUGAGAAGUUUUUUAAAACCAACAAAUUUUGCUUGUCAACUGUAUGUUUGUUUUAUGUUACAUUGCUGUUAACACAGUUCUGCAACUAAAGUUUGUUUUGUAUUUUUAUUUCAGGUUUAAAGCUCAUAGAUGAAAGAUUUGAAAAGGUAGGAGUUGAAUAAAUAAGUAAUAAUAAUAUGUGGUGGAGAUAACCGACAACUUUUGUAACUAACUGAGACAAAUUUUUCCCAUACUGUAAUAAUGUUGGUUUUGAACUGAAUUUUAGUUAAUGGAGGAGUAUGACGAAGAUGAAAUUGGUGCCCUCGAUCAUGAAGAACUGGAAGGGACAAUCAACCCUGACAGUGAGCGACUUAAUGCUCUUGCUGAUGAAUUUAUUGAAAGCCAACAGAACCAAGAGUAAGUGAAAUAAUCAAAUGCUUUCCAAUACGGGAAAGAGUUGUGUGAAGGACAAUCUGAACAAAUCAAGGGUUACUUUUUCUGACAACUUGCACAACUUUCUGACAACUUGAGGUUAAAUAUGGUCUCAGGCUGCUUUCCAAAAGUCAGAACUGGCCAUGUUUAUUAUUCAGGAACUAACUGAUCUAGCUGGACUGUUUUGAUUAGCUCCCAAGUGGAGCGGGUGAAAAAAGAAAAUCGGUGAGCAAAGCAAGCAUAGCAUGGCCUGGGGGAGAUAAAAAGGCUGGGGAGCCUUUAGACUUUGUUUUGAUGCCGCCCAUCCACCCACUUGCAAUUUCCUGUAACAAAUAUGUCAAUAACAUGUCAAUAAGGUAAUUAGACCUCUGAAAUUAUAGUGUUUUUUAUGCUUCAAUACAUUGGCUUCAAUUACAUUCACAUGCACAUGGGUAUUUUUAUGUCGAUUUGUUGUUAUUUUGUAGCCUUUCUAAGGUGAAGGAAGGAGAAGCUGUCAUGAGCCUUAAUAAAUUUGUUGAUGGCAAUGAUAGUGACAGUUGUCCAGAUGAACUGGUGAGAGUAGCAGAGCAACCAAAGGAGAAAUGGGACUGUGAAUCAAUUUUAAGUGAGUACAGUGCUGGCUUAUCAUCAGCAACGGAGAAAUUUGUUUCAUUGGUUGAAAAGGGUGUUAAAAGUAAUAUAACAACUUGCUAAAAAUUUGAAACACUUACAAAUUGCUCCGGUUUUUUACAUGAAUAGCUAAGCCAUUUCCGAGUUUCAAAAACUCUCAUUUUCAAAACGAGGCUAAAUGGAAAACCUCUCUUGUGAAAGUAGUUUUAUUUGUAGGAGAAUAAAAAACAAUUUUCAUAUCAAUGGCUUUGCACCUAGCCUCGCUUUGAAACCGAGGCUUGAAACACCUCAGAAAUGGCCUGUUGGUAGUCAAGUGUGGUGGACAGCUGAUUUUGAACAAGUAUCUGAUACAGUCCUCUCGUGCUGGUGUAUAAUAAUUAAAUUUUGAUCCUGCUCACUCCAGUAGCUCAGUGGUAAAGCGUCCAAUCGAGAACUCAAGAGGGUUGUCAGAGUUUGAAUCUCUUCUGGAGCUCGGAAUUUUUUCCUGUGCUUUCUGAUGCUUGAUUUCUCCUUCUUUCAUAAUAAUUGUUUGGUGCGCUAUCUUGAAGUUUUAUUGUGCAAUACAAUUAAAUAUUGGCAAUUUGUCUUAGAGCGGUUCCAUAAGUAGUCAGCAAACUUGUGUAUACAAUCACUGGUUUUGCGUUACACUUGUGGUAUAGUAAAUAAGUUACUACUCUUGCAGUUCAGUUCCUUGUUUUAAGGUUCUUUGGUUGCACCUGAGUUCAACUUAUUCUUUUCUCUCUCCAUUGCUUGUCUGUGUCACCCUGGUUGGACAUGCUUUGAGAGGAAAAUUAACAUUGCUUUUCAAUGUUUGAGGGACAACCUAAAAGUGAUAGUUACAUAUGCAUUACAUACUAAGUCUGAUUUGAGGGUUUGGCAGAUAAUACCCACAAAUAAUUAUCUGCAAGAUGAGUAACAAUUUUUAGCGGCUGACCUUCACCUGGUUACUUCGCAGUGUAGCUCUGGUUACUCGAUCCGCUAUAGAAAUUUUAUCUUCAGGACAUAAACAGUUUUCUAUCCCUUUUCGCAGCCUACAUUGUAUAAAACUGGUUUAGACCCCCUUCAUAGCCCAAUGUUAGAUGUAAAGUUUUUAAAAAAUAGAUAAGAAUUUCAUUCACUCAUUGUACCUGGCGUUGAAGCUCCUUUUGAAACUGAGCGUUUUUGAAACUGAGAAAUGUAAAAAUUACGUCAAAGUUUGAAACAAUAAUCUUUAUCUACACGUCCCGUGAGGAGAUUUUUUUCGCCUCUUUUUUCGUUAAUGCUACUAAAAAAGCUUAUUUUGUUAGGAAGUUAGUUAUACUUAAGGUGGCUCGACUGGAUUUUUUUGGGGGCGAUACCUCCCAAGUUUGAGCAUUAACUACGUCGCCAUAAGUAAAGAUAUGGAAAAAAGGUUUCCACAACUGUAUUAUAUAAAGAUGAAAAAUUCUUAUGAUUUGGGUUUUAUUGCAAUCGGAGUCGCCAUGGCAACGUAACGACGCCAUUACGUUUUUUAUUUAUCUUCGUGUUUCUCCGUACCAGGAGUUUUUUUAAGAAAUCGCUUAAGGGAGUUUGUGCCUGCCAUAAUUGCCUCAAUUAUGGCGAAGUUUGAACAAAUUCUAUGAGAGCGUUUUCGAAAUAUUUUGAAACGAAGUUUUGAGCAUCAUAAAAACAGUGAAAUAGCAUGCUAUCCACACAAUUAGCUAAUUUUUUAAGAAAAUGAUAAGCUUUGGAAACGCGGCUUCAUCUCAUUGUGAUUUGAUUCCAUUGAAAACUGUGUACAAAAAAAGAGCGGAAUUGCUCUGGGCGAUCGCGAGUAAGGUGAAUUUUAUUACUUGCAUUCAGCUGUUUUUGUUACAGUUUUUGCACGUAAUUUGGUCCACGCCUACAAAUUUCGCAUUUUUCAGAAAACCGCUCGAUAAAUUUUUUUAUAAAUUGGAAAAUCCCGAGAUCAAUCGUCAAUAAAUAUACCCUGCAAGUUUCAAGAACAUUGAAAACAGGAAAGGCUUUUAAAUAGGGCCUCAAAUAUGACCAAUUUUUCCCCCAGAUUUUGUGUUUACAAGUGAGCGUCCUUAUUAUUCACUGGCAUUGUUUUCAAGAAUCAUAUGCACGUGCACAUUUAGCAAAAAAAAUAAAAAUUUGCAUAAAAAAGAACUCUCGAUUACUUUCGGAAGAAAUAUCCGGAAUAUGCUAAUAAUUGGCUUGUAUCACAGAUAGCAGUGAGAGCCGAGACGGUGAACGUCACGGCUCAUCUUGUAGGAUGUAACACUUAAUUAUCUUACUCAGGUUAUAACAUCGCUGAAACUCUUAGAAAGAGUUGCUGUGAUGUUAGAAAAUAUCAGUAAUUUCUUUAUUCCGGAGAUUUAACCGAGGGUCUCUUUUGAUGCAAAUUCUAUCUUUUUGCUAAAUGUGCACGUGCAUAUGAAACUUGAAAACAAUGCCAGUGAAUAAUGUGGACGCUCACUUGUAAACACAAAAUCUGGGGGGAAAAUUGGUUAUAUUUGAGGCCCUAUUUAAAAGCCUUUCCUGUUUUCAGUGUUCUUGAAACUUGCAGGGUAUAUUUAUUGACGAUUGAUCUCGGGAUUUUCCAAUUUAUAAAAAAAUUUAUCGAGCAGUUUUUUGAAAAAUGCGAAAUUUGUAGGCGUGGACCAAAUUACACGCAAAAACUGUAACAAAAGUAGCUGACUGCAAGUUACUAAAAUUCUUUUUACUCGCG